AUGGCCAAGACUCAUAAUCUAACGACUGUGCUAAUACUCCGUGUGGCUUUCUUAAGCCUGUUAACUGUCAAAUAUGUCAUUUUCGAAGCAGUAAGCGCUGAGCUUGGCCAACAAAAGAUGAUGUGCCUCGCAUGUUUCAAGCCAGUCAAACCUAUCACCAGUCAACUGCUGUUGGGUAUUGGGGGUCCAUUUUCUACCGGAGAGGUCACAACUCCUCAAUGUGAGGGUGCUUGGACAGUUCAGGCUCAAGGCUUUCUCUCGAGUCUCGAUGCCGAAUGUCUGCCCAAAAUCUCACCGUAUUUCAACCCGGCUCUGUGCUUUAUCAUUGAUAUUUUCACAUACGGCGUACAAGCAUCAAAACUUGCCAGGGGCCAAUUUUCAUGCUCGAAGCGCCAGGGAGAGAAAGUCGUUGGCGCGUUGCACCUAAUUUAG